AUGAGCCCCCUGAAUUCAACUUUUAUAAAUGAGGAUAUUGUGCAUCCUGACUACUUUUUCAUAAGCGGUCUUGCUGGUAUUCCCUACACAAAUUAUUACUAUAUGUUCUUGGGCUUUGUUUAUGCUGUGACUGUACUGGGAAACGGUUUCAUCAUGUUUAUGAUUUACACUGAUCACUGUCUCCACAGUCCAAAAUACAUUGUAGUUUUUAAUUUGGCUCUUUCCGACUUGUGUGGAAGCACUGCACUCAUUCCUCAGUUGAUUGACACCUUCCUGUUUAAAUCACAUUUAAUCUCCUUUGAAGCCUGCUUGACCAAUAUGUUUUUUGUUUUAGGGUUUCUCCAUAUGCAGUCUUUCACUCUAACUCUUCUGUCCUAUGAUCGAUGUGUUGCUAUAUGCUUUCCACUGAGAUACAAUGAGAUUGUGACUAAUAAAUCAAUGUUGGUCAUAACAGCCAUAUUAUGGGUCAUUGGAGCAGUGGCCAUUCUUGUUGCAGUGAUGUUCAUUAACACACUGUCAUUCUGCAAAGCCACUGUGAUAAACAGUUAUUUCUGUGAUCAUGGACCCUUACACCGUAUGGCAUGCAACGACAACACUCCAAGUACUGUGAUUCGUUGGUCACAUCCUGUUCUGAUUUUCUGGUUUCCGUCACUUCUUAUCGUAUUCACAUACAUUUGUAUAGCCAGAGCGUUAUUAAAAAUCGCAGCCUCAGAGCGCGUCAAAGCCAUGCAAACCUGCACCUCUCAUUUGAUCUUGGUGUGUGUCUUUUAUCUUCCUUUGUGCUUCGCCUUUGCACUGGGCACUAUCAUUCACCAGAAUGCCCGGAUCAUUAAUAUGUCUCUGUCUACUGUCAUGCCACCUAUGCUGAAUCCAAUUAUCUACUCACUCAAGACAGAAGAAUUCACGGAAUCCAUUAAAAGACUGUACAGAAGAACGAUGAUACACAUCACUGAAAGGAAAAAAUGA